GUUUUUUAUUUUACAUAUUUCAUCUCAACACGUAACAACAAAGAACACGUGUGGAAUAUGUGAAUGAUAAUUAAUUAGGGAAAACUAACAGGCUUGUAACGGCCAUUGAAGUAAAGAAGAAGCAGAACGCGGUUUGGAACGUAGUAUGUAGCAGGCGAAUGGCAUAACCUCGAAAACUGAAGGAAAUUAAUUACACAAACCCUCAUUAUUUCAACAAACAAAAGUAAAUGAUCCUACUAGUGUCAGACCCGCAGCACUGAGUACCGAUUUUAUCGACAUUGGUAGAGAGGAAAACAUGGAGUCCGAAGAUAGUUUUCUCGGGCAACGGCUGGCGCAAGACCAUUGGUUCGUCAGCAACACCCUGGUGCAUAUUUUUAAAUAUUUGGAUUUUUCGGACGUACUCAGGGCGAGCCGCGUAUGUACACUGUGGAAUCAGAUCGACGGCCUAUGGUCGACCGUGCAAUUGCGAAAUUACAACGUGCAUUUGAACGGACUGGUAGUGGCUCUCGAAAAACACAGCACCUCUUAUUUGCAGAUGUCGAAUUGUAACAUAUACGUUGAUUUUACGUAUUCCGACGCCAGUUACUUGGAGCCCGUCGCUUCUUUAACUAAACUAGACGUUCACGAUUGCCGUACCUUGGACGUCUGGACCAUCACCAAGACCGCGAACGGCCACUCGAUACCGUCCAACUUUCCCAUCGAGAUAGACUACCUGCGAUUGGACUUUUUGAAAAAUUUCCCGAACCUCAUUGAGCUGAGCGUUCGUUGCACCUAUUUCGAUUACGUGCCGAACACUUUCCAGACAUUCCGCCAUUUGCGCAGCGUUUCCUUCCGCGGGGUACGAUACUUGGCCGAUUGUAAUUUAAGUUUCCUUUGCGAAAUGGAAAGCCUGAGGUCGUUGGCUUUGGGCGACUGCAACAGUAUAUCGGACGAGUUCGCGUUGAACCUCUUGCCGAACUUAACGCACUUGGAAAAGUUGACGCUGGAGAAGUGCAGCGGACGCAAGUUACGACGGGUGUUCGGUACCGUCGAACGUCUGCCCAACUUGGUGGAGAUUUGCCUCGUGGAUGUCGUCGGGGGCGACGAUUUCAGCACGAUAUUGUGCACGUGUCCUCAUCUGAAAACUAUCGUUUUCGUGUCGGACAGUCACGGUCUUUAUGAAGAACUCGGUGUGCCGGCGGCUCACAGGAAAAUCUCCUUCCAGAACUAUCGACUCUUCGAGGCAAUAGUCUCGCUCAAGGGGUCCCUGGAGUCUUUCACGUGGGGGUUUAGACGGAGGGAGGUGGAAAGGGUGACGGAGGGAGGUUUGCCGUACGUCCCUUUCCCGAAAGGCCGUCAAGCUGCCAAGUAUUUUCGAAACACCGUUCCCAGGAACGAAGUAUUUUUCGUCACCUUAGACGAGCUUCAAAAGGCGUUCAGCAGUUUGUGUUCCAAAACUCGAGUACAAACGUUGGUUUACUAUUAA